GGACCGUCGAGAGCCUUUCUGUGUGUUCAACUGUCCGUUCUACAAGGCCGUUGUGUUGUUGUACAAUCAAUUGUACUUGUCGCGUUUCUCUGGUGCCUCAGUGCGUCAGUGAGCGCGCUGUAGAAGAAGGAAAAAAAAAAACAUGACCGGCACCGCAACCCUGCUGCAGUGGUUCUCGUUCUUCUCGUUGGCCACUCUGCAGCUGCCGUAUCUUCCAUUCUUCAAGGAUGUUGCCGUGUUGGUGUGCAUGAGCGGCGCGCUCCUGUUUGUCGUCACGCUGGUGCUCGUGUACGUCGUAGCGGACAAGGAGAUGCAUCUUUACCUCACCAAGGCAACACGCGCGGCGCUGCCGCAAGGUGUGGCGGUCAAAGGAAACCAAGUCGCCGUGCCAACCUCGUACGAGGCCUUUGUGAGCGCCUCCAUCACGAUGAGCGUCGUAGGAACCCUGGCGGUGCUCUUAAGUGUUAGUUUUGUUGUCCAGCUUGCGUGUGACGGGAUGCAGGCCUGCGUGUCACCAAUGGUCGCGCUCACGCUGAACACGGUGAAGCCAAAGUGCUGGGACGGCGCAGAGGACUUCAGAGGCAAAGUGGCUCCCUCACCCGAACCGGAUGCUUAA